AUGGAAAGCAAAGAGAAGCGUGGAAUAAUAUUGUCCCUAUUAACCAAACAGAUAGAGCCUAUCAACAACUAUCUCAGUUAUGUACUGGAUAUGGUCGAUAGUGGUGUGGUGGUUAUUGAAGAACUGAGAAGUGGAGGUGUGGAAGCAGUCGUAGUAAUGUUUAUCUUUGUUGGAUUGGAUAGUAAACAACGAACAGGACCGGGCUUGGACCUGGCAACAUGUUAUAUGUUCAAUUAUAUGCUUUCGGUGAUUCGAUUGGGGUCGGAGGAAAUUGGAAGCUCCGGAAUGAAUGAUGGAUCUGUUGAUAUAAUUUACCAACCAAUGAAGAAUCCUAGACAAGGUGGGUUUAGAGCCACCCUUUUCAUUUUUGCAAUGAUGUGUCUGGAUAACAUAGGCUUUGUGGCAAACAUGGUAAGCCUAGUUCUGUACUUACUUUUCGUCAUGCACUUUGACACGUCUGGCUCUGCAACCACCACGACAAACUAUUUGGGUACUGCAUUCUUGCUUACACUGGUGGGAGGCGUCAUAUCUGACACCUACAUGAAUCGUCUCAACACUUGCCUUUUCUUUGACAUCAUCCAGUUACUGGGAUACAUGUUGCUCAUCAUUCAAUCCCAUUAUGGUAAACUGCAACCUGAACCAUGUGGGAAGUCUAGCUGUGUCCAUGGAACUAAAGCUUUGCUAUUUUACGCUUCUAUUUUCUUGUUGGCUCUGGGAGGGGGUGGGAUUAGAGGUGCAGUGCCUUCUUUGGGUGCGGAUCAGUUCGACCAAAAUGACCCAGAGGAAGGCAAGCACAUAACCAGCUUCUUCAAUUGGUUUUUGCUUAGUAUUACCAUUGGGGCUUCAAUUGGGGUAACAGUUGUUGUAUGGGUAAGUGCAAAUGUGGGAUGGGAUAAGGGCUUCAUCAUCUCCAUGGUCUGCUCUUUUGCUGGUCUUAUUUCUGUUCUACUUGGAAAGCCAUUAUACCGUGUCCGGGUGCCGGGGGAAAGUGCCUUGCUGAGUGUUUUACAGGUUUUGGUGGCAACAGCAAGGAACUGGGCGGUACAGCUGCCACAGAACUCCCGUGAAUUAUAUGAGCUCCGUGGCUCUGAGUCUGCUUCAGCUUCUUCACGGAUCCCCCACACCAACCAAUUCAAAAUACUAGACAAAGCUGCCGUUGUUCCCGAAGGCAGCAAGCCAUGUAAAUGGAGGGUUUGCACUGUGACACAAGUGGAAGAAGUAAAAAUUCUAACGAGGAUGAUGCCUAUCCUUCUGAGCACUAUCCUGAUGAACACAUGCCUAGCUCAAUUGCAAACUUUCUCGGUCCAACAGGGGACACUCAUGAACACUAAAAUUGGUGGUUUUACAGUGCCGCCUGCGUCGAUUCCGGUGAUUCCCCUAUUGUUCAUGUCCCUUCUCAUACCUCUAUAUGAAUUUGUGUUUGUUCCAAUUGUGAGGAAAUUCACGGGUCACCCCAAUGGCAUAACCCACCUCCAGAGGGUUGGGAUUGGGCUUGUUCUCUCAGCAAUUUCCAUGGCCAUAGCGGGGAUAGUAGAAGUGAAGAGGAGGAAUGAACUGGUCCACCACAACCACCGCAUUAGCCUAUUCUGGCUCUCAUUUCAUUAUGCAAUCUUUGGGAUCGCAGACAUGUUCACACUGGUUGGGCUGAUGGAGUUCUUUUACAGUGAGGCUCCUGCUGGCAUGAGAUCUCUCUCCACUUCUUUCUCCUGGCUCGCCCUCUCUAUCGGCUACUACUUGAGCACCAUAUUUGUAGACAUCAUUAACUCAGUCACCGCCAAGUUUACUUCGAGCAAGACAGGGUGGCUUGCAGGCCUUGAUAUGAAUAAGAACCAUUUAGAGCUCUUCUAUUGGUUCUUGGCAAUUCUCAGCAUUCUCAACUUUGUCAAUUAUGUUUUUUGGGCCAAGUGGUACAAGUACAAGAACGAUUCAGCUCCAUUAAUUGACGAACAGAAGCUUCUCAGAACCCCUGAUCCAUCUCCCUCCCCGGCCAUCGCUAUGAGCUUUAUAUCUAAUUCUAAACCACAGGAGGCCUGA